AUGGAUCUCUUUUCCGAGAUCAGCAUACCUGCGAUGGCUGCUGCAUCGACCUUUUCCCUCGCAGCGGGUGCUUACUUGAAUGCAAAACUCUCCAUUUCUACGGAUUUGGCUACAAUCUACAAUGAUCGCGCUUGGGAAAAUCGCCUGUCUCACCGCAUCUCCCAGCUGGGUGAUGCAACCACUCUCUAUGGGAUGCUCAGGCGAGUGGUUGAGGUAGAGGGUCAUGGAUCGAAAGAGGCUCUUUGGUUUGAGGGCAAGACAUGGACCUAUAGCCAAGUGAAAGACCUUGCGGAUCGAAUGGCCACUCUCCUCCAUAGAAAGGAAAUCAAGGCCGGCCAUUUUGUUGCUGUUUUUACAACCAACUCCCCCGAGAUGAUUGUCAUCAUCUAUGCUCUCUCAAAGUUGGGCGCUGUUGCCGCUCUCAUUAACACAACCCUGCGAGAUGAUACCUUCAUUCACUGCUUAAAUGUCUCGAGCUCCAAAUUCGUGAUCUCUUCGCCCGACCUCUCACAGUUUGUGUCCUCUGAUUUACCCCAUCUAUCGCUGAAUAUCUCGUCUUUUGACGGGAUUUCACCUGCAUGCGAACUCGUGACACCGGUUGAGCUGCAGCAGUUCUCACCAUCUGAGCUGCUUGCCGCAAAGAGAUCCCCAAGUGAUUUAUCUACCCUUAUCUACACUUCUGGUACUACUGGGAAACCCAAGGCCUGCGCUGUGCGCAACAUGAUGGUUUUAGCCACAUCUAAUCCCCUUUCCCUCGACGUCGACAAGCCCUCCAAAUACUUCCCUCUUCGCACCUACUCCUCUCUUCCUCUGUUCCAUGGUACUGCCUACUUUACGGGGCUGUGCUACUCUGUUGGCAAUAUAGGAACCCUUUGUCUGCGCCGAAAGUUCUCCGCGUCUCAAUUCUGGAAAGACGUGCAUGACUCGAAAUCCACUCGUAUUUUAUACAUUGGGGAACUCUGCAGAUAUCUGCUCUCCACAUCUCCGUCCCCUUACGACCAGGAUCAUACAUGCAUUGUUGCCAGUGGCAACGGGCUGCGUGGGGAUAUUUGGGAGCGUUUCCGCCAGAGGUUCAACGUUCCCGAAGUUCGGGAGUUCUACAGAUCUACCGAGGGCAUCGCCAAAUUUGACAACUUGGGUGUGGGGUCCUGGGGAGCUGGAAAGGUUGGGUUCUCGGGGCCGAUUCGGAGGUUCUUCGAGGAUGAUACAAUUAUCGUCAAGUAUGAUACCGAAACAGAAAUGCCCUAUCGGGAUCCGAAAACUGGCUUCUGUAUUAGGGCUAGGCUUGGGGAGGAGGGCGAGGCAAUUGGCCGAGUCAGGAACCGAGGUCUGCUCACCGAAUACCUGCACAAUGAAGAUGCCACUGAGAAGAAACUACUCCGAGAUGUGUUCGCGAAGGGCGAUAUUUUCCAACGGACAGGCGAUUUGUUCGUCCAGGACUUGGAUGGAUGGGUAAAGUUUCAGGAUCGAGUGGGAGAUACCUUCCGCUGGAAGGGCGAGAACGUCAGUGCAGGAGAAGUCAGAGAUCAUAUUUGUCGAAUUCCGGAUGUCCAUGAUGCCGUUGUCUACGGUGUAAAACUGAGCGCAUACGAUGGUCGGGCAGGUGCUGCAGGUAUCACGCUCGAGGACCCCUCCGAGACUACUGCCACCGAAUUCAUGGGCAAGCUCCAUAGUGAGCUGAGAAAGAAAGGAGUCCCAACAUACGCUGUUCCACGACUUGUCCGGCUUACAGAAAAAGUUGCAACCGGAGUGACGUUUAAGCAAGCCAAAGGGGAUAUUACCAAGAAGGGCUGGGAUCCCCGAAGUGACUGGAAAGGUGAUAAGCUAUUCUGGCUGAAUGGCACGAAAUACGAGACGCUCAAUGAUGAGAGCUGGUCCUGCAUUGAAAGUGGGCGGGCGAAGUUAUGA